AGCAAUACUAUGUAACUUUUGAAAGAAUUGAGUUGAAUUCAUAAGCAAUAAAACGCACCAUACACUGAGGUGUUUUGCCGAUGCAACCUCACUUGUUUUGGUAUGACCAGUAGCUUAUGGUGGUUAAUCUUAGCAAACUUUAGAUUGAUAUUGCUGUGUGACUGACAUUACUAAAUCAGUUCAAUGACAGCAUCAGUACCAUAACAACAACACUAGAAAGGCUGGUAUCAGUUUUUUGCCAUGAAGAAUGAAAAUUUGAUGAUCAAUCUAAAGUCAUAUGGGAAAUUAAAAUGCUGCUGUUUUAGGUAUACUUAGGCCCUUGCUUCUUACUUGAUAAAUGGCAGUUUGUUUAGAAGAAACUACAAAAAAAGUUUUGUAGUAUGGAUGCAAAUGACCAUCCAAGUGUGAGUGUGAAAGCCAAGGAUGGGAGGGUAUCAGACUAUAUCACUCAUUUGCUGCCAGGAGCACCCUAUUGUCCACCUCUGUGAACAAAACCACGAUUUGAAGCAAUACCAAACAGCUGAAGAGGCACAAAUCUGCAAGUGGACAUGGUGACAGGUUCUGGAACACAUCAAAGGAAAAUCUCCAUCCCACCCAACGCUUGGCUUCCAGUUUCAUCUUUCUGCAGCUCUAGCCAGCUUUUUUAGGCUUUGGGCGCUGUGUGUCCUUCGAGAAAAAUGAGCUCUGCUCUACAUAGAUGCGCACAAGAAUGCAAUGUGUUGACUGAUUUUUGCCCAGUGAGCUUUUUGGCACAGGUGCCCUGUGUGUGUGAGACAGUGUGUGUGUGUGUGUGUGUGUGUGUGUGUGUGUGUGAAUUUGCCUUCUGGACCCUGUAUCAGCUAAUUAAAUUUAAAAAAAAUGUAUUCAUCAUUAUGCCAAACCGGCUAUGAGAUGAUUAUCAUAUCACGUAUUACUCAUGAAUGAUGAUGCACAUGCGCAAUCAGUUCUUCCCCCUUCUCGCGCCAACUGAGCCCAAUCUUAAAACCGCGAGCAGCCGCAGACAGAUCAUCCGUUUAUGUGCGAGGACGGCUGUCUCAGACUGACACAGACUUGAGCUCUGCAGGAACAGCGUCCUUGCGCUGUGAAAUUGUGCUCAUGACACUGACAUUUUUUCUUUUUAUUCUAUAAUGGAAGACUGAUGAUGAGUAAGUUCAUCAGCUCUUAUUUGCCCCACAAGCUUUCUCUCAUCUUGACCAACGGGAUUAGGAUGAAAAGGUGAAAGUUGAAUUUCAGUUGGAAAGCAGUGGGCGCUAUUCCGGACCAUUGAUUUAAACGGGCGGAGGGAUGUGAGGGAUACACAGUUGGUCAAGUUUGAAAUCAAACCCAAGAAAACGGAUUUCAUCUGAGAGGAUGCAUGUAGUCUGGAUGUUUCUCCUAUUCAUUGAGGAGGGGUUUGCUCUGGCACAAAAGACUAAAGAUGGUGGCGCAGGAUCAAAAGUGGUUAAACCCUCUCAACGGCCACAAAAUUCUCAUCACUGUGGAAACUGGGUACGAAACACAGAUGGUGGCAGCUUCAGCUCCCCAAACUACCCAAAUACGUACCCUCCAAACAAGGAGUGCCUGUAUGUACUGGAAGCCCUGCCCCGCCAGAGGAUAGAGCUGCUGUUUGAUGGCACCUUCUGCAUCGAGGCGUCUUUUGAGUGUCGUUUCGACCACAUCGAGGUGCGGGACGGCCCCUUCAGCUUCUCGCCACUCAUCAACCGCUUCUGUGGCUCGGCCAGUCCUGGGCUCGUCCUCUCCAGCGGACGCUUCAUGUGGAUCCGCUUCUUCAGUGAUGAAGAGCUGGAGGGGACUGGCUUCCAGGUCCAGUACAGCUUUACUGCAGACCCUGAAUUUCAUCUGCAUGUGGGAGGACUCUUAAACCCCAUCCCAGAUUGUCAGUUUGAGCUGUCUGGGGCUGACGGCCUGAUCCGUUCCAGUCAGGUGGAGGAGGAGUAUAAAGUGAAGCCAGACCAGGCAGUGGACUGCAUCUGGACUAUACGAGCCCCAACAAACAACAGGAUUUACCUGCGAUUCUUGGAAUACCAGAUGGAAAACUCAAAUGAAUGUAAGAAGAACUUUGUGGCUGUUUAUGAUGGCAGUAAUGCCAUUGAGGACCUAAAGGCCAAGUUUUGUAGUACAGUAGCUAAUGACAUCAUGCUGGACACUGGUGUGGGAGUAGUGAGGAUGUGGGCUGAUGAGACAAGCCGUCUCAGCCGUUUCCGAAUGCUGUUCACUUCUUUUGCAGACCCACCCUGUGCAAGCAGUGCAUUCUUUUGCCACAGUAACAUGUGCAUCAACACUUCUCUGGUGUGCAAUGGCAUACAAAACUGUGUCUUUCCAUGGGAUGAAAGCAACUGCAAAGAGAAAAAGAACAAAGGUCUUUUUCACCAGAUCACAAAGACUCAUGGGACAAUAAUCUGUGUGUCUACGGGAGUGGUGCUACUGCUCCUCAUCAUCUCCAUCCUGGUGCAAGUCAAACAGCCACGAAAAAAGGUGCUGGUACAUAAGAAUAACCUAUUCCAGCGGGGCGAAUUCCAGGAGGUGUUUGACCCUCCACAUUAUGAACUAUUUACUCUCAGAGACAAGGAGAUGUCUGGGGACCUUGGGGAGUUAUCAGAAGAACUCCAGUCUCUGCAGGCGCUCAGGAGAUCCUCGUCAGGCUCGCGCUGCAUUCACGAACACCACUGUGGCUCCCAGGCGUCUGUCAACUCCGUCAAAGCCAGUCAAGGUGCACAUGGCAUGGGCAGGGGAUCCAUGGAGCUUCCCCCUUUCAGAGGGGACAUCCGGAGCACCUUGCCUCCCUUCAGAGACUUGAACAGCAGUCUGCGGAAGAAGAGCUGGCCUAGUAUGAAACAAGGCCAAAUACAUGGCCAUCAUAGUAUGGGGGAUAGAGCUCUGGGGCGGCAGGAUAGAGUGAUGGAAGAGGAAGAAGAAGAGGAGGAGGAAGAUGGAAGGUAUGAUGUGUAUGUCCGCAGAGCAGGAAGCCGAAGAGGGAACUAUGAAAUGGCCCAGCAAAGAUCCUUGUCCAUGGACUUCUGAAAAGAAAAGACAAAGUUGACAUGAUAAAUACUACAACAGCUUUUCAAUCAGUGCCACAAUUUGGGGCAGAACAACUUUACAAAAGAGAGGAGACUGAGUGUCAUUUAACACCACAGAGGUGUUACCUUCUUUGUAAUAAUAAUAAUAAUAAUAAUAAUUAUAAAGAAGUGAUCCUUGACUUCUCAGUGAGGUUGGGAAACACAGGGUCUGUUACAGAGCAGUGCUCCAGGAGUUUUUAGAAAUUCAAGAUACUCAAGCACUGCCGCCUCCGCUCGGACACUGAAGCUGACGAGGAGCUGUUAUUGUAUUUGUAAUCAGUGUAAAAGUGAAGACCGAUGAUAAUGCUGUGUAUUGUUGUUGUUAUCAAUGUAUUUUGUUAAACACAUUUUACUGUAAAGCAAAUAGAUUUAGCUGAAAUAUGUUUUCAAUCAGUGUUUAGGUUUUUAAGAGGAAGCGCGAUUACAUUUGAAGCAAACAAUUUAAAAAAAUCACCUCUCAGUUUUUGUUUAAUCUUAUAUUACCUGUAGUAAAGGAUACAUUCUUCACCAUUGGCUUAAGAAAAGUCUCAUCUUGCCUCUGAUAUUUGAGUCAGUUUUGACACCACAUAUAUUGUUGGGUCUCUGUAAUUAAUAUUAUAAAGAGUACGGUCUAGACCAGCUCUAUAGGAAAAGUGCAGUGAGAUAACUUCUGUUAUGAAUUGGCGCUAUAUAAAUAAAAUGUGAUUGAAUAUAAAAUUACCUUUAGCAGGUCAGCAGCGCUCCUUCCCAGGGAGGUGUGUGUUGAUUAGGAAUCUUCAAAAGGUGUGUCACACCGGUAUGCUGGUUGGAAGUUCCCAUAUAAAGUUAAUUGUCAACAUUUGGUGGUGUAAAAUCCAAUUAUAUAACCACCAAAAGCACUAAACUGCACCACCCAUCAUUAUCAAACACUAGAAAACCUUUUGGAUGUAGGCAGUGAAUAUAAUUGAUGGGUUGGCAGGUUUAACACCUGCCUAAUGUAGAAAACCGAACAAAUGUUAGAAUAAAAGUUGUUGAUUAGCAAGGUCAACAUUAAGACAAGAAAUAAUUUAAUUAGAAAUGAAACAGUGUGAGUGCCAGUAAUGUCAGUAGACUGCUUUUAACAUAAUCAAUGAUGAUGUUGAUGAGAAACAGAAAAUGUGCUCAUGUGAAACCCGUUCACAUACUGUAACCAGAAAAUACAGAAGUGUUUUUUGAAAUUCCCCUGAAUAUAUGUGUUACUUUUUCCUAUUCUCACGCAGGCACAGCUUUGUGUUCAGUGUGUCAAACUAAUUAGAUAACCUUGGAGCUAGAGAACAGAACACAUUUAGAAAUCCAGACAGUCAUUUCUAAGCCACAGCCUGGCAGUUUAUCUGUGGGGUCAGCGAAUCUGUGGGGUUCAUUCAUCAUAUUCAGAAAAGUCACUGGGCAGAUAAUUAAUGGAGCAACUAUGCGUACACACAGACAAACACAUUAACAUGCAGGCUUGUCACUACAGUAUGGGUGCUGUUUAUGCCAGUGAGCCCCGUCAUGCACUUGGUGUUUAACCUUUAAGUAUAGUCUGAUAUGCUCAAGAAUAAUAAAUGCAAUAAUAAAAGGUU